CUUCACUUUACUUUUGUCAAAAAGUCUGAUGAAACAACCGUCUUUCCUUAUCUUUGUGGCGUUUCGAGUGCAGAGGAAAAUAUAAGGCAUUAUGGACGUAAAAAUACCUUACAAGUUAGAGAGGUUGCUAGUGAGUGUCAUUUAAAUAGAUAAAAUGAUGAUUUAGAAUUGCAUUGAUGUAACAAUGAAUUUAAAAAAGAUAUCAAAACUUGAAUAUUUUAAAAAUAUUGUUUCAUUAUCUUAUGGAAUUCUAAAAAAAAAUUAAAAUAUAGUAGUAGAACUUCUAACUUUCCCAUUCAGGGGAGUUCCUAAUACCUGUUAGAUUUUUCUAAAACUUGGUUCCAAAAAAUGUGGGUAGGGCUAAUGAAAACGGACCAAUUUUUUUUUUUUUUUUAAUAUAGCACUGAAUAAUUUCUUUCAUUUUAAUUCAUGGUAAUAUAAUCCAAUCCAAGUUUAUAGAGUCAGACCAUGGGAGUUAAGCUGAUAUGAAAGCAGUAAAACGUCACUUCCUCUUUUCUCUUUAAAUUAAUCAUUUUUUUUCUUUGUAUGUGGUCUUACCUCUUUCAUUUCUUAGUGGAAUAAUUUCAAUUGCAAUUCAUAAUAUCAGAUGUGAGCAUAAGUUCAACAAAGAAUUAAAGUCCUGGUCAAAAUGUGUUUUGCACAAGCUGUGUUAAAAACAUGGCUUAACAGAUCUGAUGCAACUGUAGACUGACUAAAUUAUUUUUAAACAAAUACAUUUCAAUAUGCAGUAAUUAUAUUUUUUAUAAGAUUUCAAAUAAAUUGUUUAAUAUUUUUUUAAAUUUUUAACCCACGCUAAGUAGUUUACAAGAUGUUAAAUUAAUUUUCCAUAGUCAAAUGCUCAUUUUAUGUUCUUUAAAAUGUUUUAGGCAGCUGUAAUACCUUUUAUUUUUGAAUUACGUAUUAGUGGUGUCAUUCGCUUUUUAUGUGCUUUGAAUUAUGUAUUAGUGGUGCCACCUGUUUUGAUGUGAAUGAAUUACGUAUUAGUGCUGUCAGUCUUGUUUUUGUAUGUGCCUUUUUUUCAUUUAAAAAAUCUGGGCUCCUAAUUUAUGUCUUCUAGAGAUCCCAAACUAAUAUCACGUAUGCUAAAUAAUAACAAAAUGUUAAUAAUAAUAAUACUCUCAACCAGGUCCCACACCUGUAAAGCCAUUGCUGCAAUACAGUAACAAUGGUGUGGUGGCUAAUUUGAACAGUACAGCAACCCUGGAAUGUGUCUUUUCUGGAUAGUGAGUAACUGACAUUAAGUGUUAAAGUUUUUUUUUUAAAAAUAUUCAUUUCAUUUGGCUUGAUUUUACUGAGCUUCUUAAAUGGUCAAAUACGCCACUAUACUUCACAGUGAUGGAAUAAUGACAUACAUAAUUUUUGUGUUUAAAUCAUUUUUAUAUAUUAAGGUACUGUUUGGGUUACUCGACAAGUGGGAAUAAAUAUUUACAAUAAACAUCAAUAAGCUUUAUUCUGAAUCCCAAUCAUAAGAUCCUAUCAUCAGAAGUGGAGAAAUCAGUCUUCCAUCAACAGCAUUUAGGCAGACGUUUGGCAAUUUAGUUGUGUUAAAUUUAAAUGUGACUCAGACACUUUCACAAACAAUCAAAACUCGCACAUAUUUUAUUUGGUACAAAAUUUAUAAAAAUCAUAUAAAAACUCAUCUAACAUCUGCAUUUAAAAAAAAAAAUAUGAUAUCAAUCAUUUAGGCUGAUGGCUGUUUAUUGGUCCAUCUCUUGUGUAUGGGCAUUAUUGUAAACAUUUUCCUUUAUCAAGUCAGAAUAAUAUCUUAUUAUUUCGGACAUCUACAGAGCAAAAAAAUGGGUUAAUGAGGCACUAUUUGUUUUUAAAUAAACGGUAUAUUUUAAGCUUUACUUAUUAUUACACAAAAUACAAAUUCAAACGUUUUGGAAAAAUGCCUUUAUCGGUAUACCAAAAAACCUCACAUAAGUAUAAAUUAAAUUUACAUAUUAUGUAAUCAUGCUUUACCUAAAAAUGCAAUAAAUACAAUUUUUAGUACAGUAGAAUUGGAAGUUGAUUUUUGGAAUCAAAGCUGAUUUUAAUAUGCAAGUGGAUUAAUUAAUCUUUAAAAUUACUCUAAAUACCUUUCUUCAUCAGAAAUUUAAAUGAUGUAUUCCAAAUGUGAAUUUUACACACUGGAAAUGCCGAAUGUUUUCAUUUCACUCAAUCCAAUUUUUUACAUCCAUCCUUCCCUGUGGUGCUACAACCCAUGUAAGGUUUUGGCCUGCCUCACCACAUCCUUCCAUUUAGACCUAACUGGUGCUUUUCUUUUCCAUGCUUGGAUUCCCAGCUGCCGUAGAUGUUUUCCCCCAUCAUCCAUCCAUCUAAGCCAAGGUCAACCUUUGAGCCGAUUUCCUCUCUGGGUAUUGGUGUUGCACCCUCUUCACUCCUCGAUCAUUUGGCAUUAUUACUAAGUGUCCAGUCCAGUUCGGUCUGCCCCUUUGUUUAUUUCUGCUACAAUGUUUACACAAAGUUCAGUUUACCCUGCAACCCUAUUGCAACACAUUUUGUUCUUUUAAAAUGAUCUUAAUAAGUCACCAAUCCAUCCUUAUAAACAUUUAUUUUAAAACAACUUCAGUGACCCCCAAGCUCCACAUAUACCCAAAAUUAAGUGGACAAUGGAUGAUGGCAGUGAAAUCUCAAGCGGUG